ACAACCAAGCGAAAUAUUCCUUUAUUUCAAGCCAUUUGCGUUAUGUUUGGGGGUGUUUGAAUGUUUGAAAACUCUUUGAGGGAACAUGUUUGCUUGGUUAAUGACGAAAUCGGAAAAGUAUUUUGAAGUAUGUUUGACGAGCCGCUUGUGUGGUGUAUCUCGCUCUUUAGACAGAAAUUGCCUAACUUUUUUUGUCCCAAUACCGACGCUCCAUUUUCUUUUCAUGUUUAAAAUUACCAUAGAUGUCGCAAGUGGGAAAAAUUAGAAUGUCACAAUAAACAAAGUAUUUGAAUGACAAAGGGAAAACCGCGUCUCAAAAGUUUAAAACAUUUUACAAAAGUGAAAAAAAUCUAACUCCUUGAAGUAAAUAAUGUGGUGCAAUUUCGAGCAAUCUCCAGUUGAGGAAGAUACAAUUUCCAACGCCUUCUCCUCACGUGGAAUUUUUAGGAUUCAGAGUGGAGAAGAGGUAAAGGAGUACCCGCAAGUACACGCUUCACUGCAAAACCAAAAAGUGGUUAUCUCUGUGGAUAAAAGUCUAAUAUUGCUGGAAGACGAGUUGGUGGCGAAAUGUAGCUUCCUCAGCUUCAAUGCGCACAUAGAUGCUGUUGCAAUUUCGAAUUCGGGAAAUCUAAUUUUAGUAGGGUUACGUGAUGGCGAGAUUCAUGGCAUUUUUAUUAAAGGUCUACCGCUAUUCAAUGUAACCGUAAACGCUGAAGACGUACAUGUGACUGGGCGCACUUUUGCUGGCAUACAACAACUGGGGCAGUGUUUUCAUAUCAGUUGCACAAAUGGAAGUGUCUAUCAGCUCGGUGAAAUCAAUGAAGCGCUACUGGAGGCGAACCAAAAUGUUUCCCUCAACGAAAAUGAGACCUUCGCUUAUGACGCAAGCAUGUUAGGGCCAGUGCCAAUCGAAAAACUGAUAAGCGGUGGACGUGGUUUAAACGAUGCGGAAUCAACCGUUUUGAUACCACAAAUUCCAUUGGAAGCGUUUGAACAGCCUGUACCACUGUUUAUAGCCGGAGCGCACAAUUCUGUUUUCUGCAGAGAGCGCACAAACGAUCUGGUCAAGAUUACACUGCCUGAACAUUAUCGCGGCGUAAAACGUAUAUUUAAUUUAGAUAAUUAUAU